CUUUGACUAACCGCAAAACUUACACCCGGACGAUCCGCCGGAGUUGCUCCCUUCGCGCCCUCUAUCUGCCUCCUCGCGUUGCCAUCAAACGAGCCAGCGCACUCCCACACGUGGCCCGCGGCAAAACACCCAGACGCCGCCAGGACGCAGACGGUAGCAGCCUGUGAGGAAAGCUGUCUGAGUCGUCGGCGUCCGCCUGGGGCAGCUGAGCAGCCGGUAGACUGCUGCCACGACACGCUGAUUCACAGCAUAGCCCUGACACCCCCGCCCUUUUGCGCCGUCCCGCUGUCGAGAAAACAAGACGCCUCCCCUGCACAUCAGCGCGUCCGCCAGACCGAUCUCUUUCCCCCCUCGUCUCCUGCUGCAUAUCAGCAAGCCACCCACCCUCCGGAUCUCGCCAUGGCGUCUGCAAUUGACGACGAGGAUCUCUCCAUCUCUAUAUCCUCGAACCCGCGCCGUAAUGCGCCCAGGCCUCCCGAGGCAGACAAUGUCCUCUCGCAAGCCCGGCGCCAGGACCCCACCACGAUGCAGGCGCGAGCGAUCCGAAGUGACCGCAUAGGCCAAUAUAACAUUGUGAAGACACUCGGGGAGGGGUCCUUUGGGAAGGUCAAGCUGGCGAUACAUCGCGUCACCGGGCAAAAGGUCGCCCUCAAGAUCAUAACGAGGAGGAAGCUGGUUACCAGAGACAUGGCUGGCAGGAUAGAGCGGGAGAUCCAGUACCUUCAGCUACUGCGCCAUCCUCACAUUAUCAAGCUAUAUACUGUUAUCACCACGCCUCAGGAAAUAGUCAUGGUCCUCGAAUACGCCGGUGGAGAGCUCUUCGACCAUAUCGUACAGAACGGAAGAUUUCCUGAAUGGAAGGCUCGGAAGUUCUUCCAGCAAAUCAUAUGUGCAGUGGAGUAUUGCCAUCGACACAAGAUCGUCCAUCGAGAUCUGAAGCCCGAGAAUCUGCUCCUCGACGAGGAUCUGAACGUCAAGAUCGCGGAUUUUGGACUGAGCAACAUCAUGACUGAUGGAAAUUUUCUGAAAACAAGCUGCGGGAGCCCCAAUUACGCGGCCCCUGAAGUGAUAUCCGGGAAGUUGUAUGCCGGGCCAGAAGUCGAUGUGUGGAGCUGCGGUGUUAUCCUAUAUGUUCUGCUUGCCGGACGGCUUCCGUUCGAUGAUGAAUACAUUCCCACCUUAUUCAAGAAGAUUGCAUCUGGCAACUACAGUAUUCCGCAAUUUAUUCCGCCUGGUGCAAAUCAGCUCAUUAAGAAGAUGUUACAAGUCAAUCCAGUCCAUCGCAUCACAAUCGCAGAGAUACGGCAAGAUCCAUGGUUCAACGUGGACCUGGCUUCUUAUUUACAGCUACCGGCGGACGAAUUCUUCGAUACCGGAGUUGAUCCAAAUAAGGCCAUCGAUCCCAGAAUGCUCGCUCCUUCGAAGCCCGCUGCUGUGGUACAAAAGCUGCACGAGACGGUUGUUGGUAAAUUGGGCAAGACUAUGGGUUACGCCAAGCACGAUGUUCAAGAGGCAUUGGCUAAGGAUGAGCCAAGCGCCAUCAAAGAUGCCUAUCUGAUUGUCCGCGAGAAUCAAAUCAUGAAGGAAAAUCCGCUUCUGUCCCAAGAGACCACGCUACAGCCCUUCCUGGCACAGUCUCCGCCCAAUUACGACGACCAAGGGCUGUCGCUUUCAGCAAUGGCUAAUCAACCUCAAGUGAUACACCCGGGCGGGUCCGAUCGGCCGCGCCACGGCUCGACCUCGAGCGGUCAGGCCAUAAUGGAUGCUCGAAGCCCUGUGAGCACAAUCGCCGUCUUACCAAGUAGUCUUCCAGAAUUCCAUCAGGCCUAUAUGAAGGGCCACCCACACCCUUCCCAAGCAACGACCGCCGAAUAUGGCUCAGAAGGUAUCCCGAAUGUCGAGCAAUCCAAUGAGCAAAAGGCUGCAACAGCUCGACGUCUCAAGCCUCAUUCACGACCUAUGGGAGGUGACAAAGUGACUGGGAAACCAGAGCCUAUGACUGCUCUGAACUCGAAGAAAUCUCGACCGACGAAGUGGCAAUUUGGUAUUAGAUCUCGUAACCAGCCAGCAGAGGCGAUGUUGGCAAUAUACAAGGCUUUGCGAGCCAUGGGUGCAGAGUGGGAAGUCCCCAAACGCCGGAGGCCCGGCGGCGGGAGCGGGUCGCGUAGCCGUAGCAACUCCCACGACUCGAGAGACCCGUCGAAGUCACAAUCUGACGGCCAUUCACGAUCUUCUUCAAAGUCAUCCCGAUCUUCGGAUUUCCAGGAUCAAGCUUAUUCGAGAGAGGGGUCCCGGUCCCCUUCCGGUCGAGAGCCGCUCUCAGUGAGAAACUCAACAAGCAACAACAACCUCAGCCCAUCUCGAGGCAGGCAGAGGAAGCAAUACAACGAGCAAAACGACUGGGGCUACGCCAUCUCAGAGGACCCCUGGGUCAUCAACGCCCGGUUCAGGAAAGAGGGCAUGUUCCCACCCGGCCUCGCCCACCCCUCCUCAACCCACUCCUCGCGCGUAGACCUCAUCGAUCCAGCGGGCUACCGCCGUAGGAGCUCGACAAACACAAGCCACUCCAGCCUGAACGUGGACGCUGCCAACGCCGCAUCCGUCCACCCGGGCCACCCCGAAGCGCUGACGAAACCCGGCGACGACACGACGAAGCACCCAGAGCCCAACGAAGCCGUGUGGGUCUACCUCAGCAUCCAGCUCUACAGCAUCGACCGCGACUUUUUCCUCGUCGACUUCAAGUGCGCCGGCUACGAGCGCCUCGUCCCGCGCCUCGUGCGCGAGAUCAGGAUCAGGUCCGCGAACGUCAGCGUGACGGACGCAACAGACGACGCCGCCGCUGGCGGGGCCCACCCGCACGAAGAGGGCGGCGGCUACGAGUGGCACCGGCUCGCGGAGGGCGAGCCGCUGCCCGCGGAGGUCGAGAACGGGUCCGUGAGGGGCGUAAUGCGGGAGACAGAGGAGGAGGUUGGGGCCGGGCGCGCGCAGCUGGAGAAGCGGGCGACGAGUCCGUUCCCGUUCCUGGAUGUGGCCGGGCGGUUGAUCAUCCAGUUGGCUGAGGGUGAGUGAGUUUGAAAUGUCGUUGAUUUCGCGGCGCGCACGCGCCUGCUGUGUGCGGAGAAACCGAAUUCGAUGGAAAGUGAUCUUGUUUAUUAAUGUACCCGUUUUUGGGGGAUGGCAGGGGAUGAGUAUGGCUUGCAUGAUGGGGAUGCAGUGCGCGAGGAAGAUACCGAGCCGAACGGUAGGUGCGAGCGCUUCUCACAAUGGUCUAUGCUAUGAGGUGUCAACGGUUUAUUAACGAGGCAUGAUUGAGCGGUCCGAACUGCUACUCCGAACAGCGACGACGGCUUGGAAACCGAAGGAGUGGGGCUCAUUGAACUACUAGAGUUUUUCUGGGGUGGAUGGGCUGGGUUGGGCUGUCUAGGACGACAACGGCUUUUCAUGAAUGGGUUGGGUGGGGGGGUUUGUUUGAGUACUGGGAGGUCAAAAUGGGCACUGCGAAGGUG